AUGGAGGUGCAUGGACGAUGGGGGCUGGGGGUGAUUAUAUUUUCUCAUUUUCUAAUCUCCUUGGUUUCUUUGCGCGGAAUUAGUCUCAGGGAUUUGGAAAUACUAGAUCCUAGGGUUCUGAGGCUUCUCCUUGGGAAUGAGAAUUAUCAUUCCCCGGUUCUUCAAUAUCUCAUUGCAUCAAACCGUCUGGUCUGGACCAAAUUCUUGAAUAAUUCCUUGAGGGGUCCUAAGGUAGGGUUGGCGUUAGACAAGCCUGCUAGAUUUCUUUUCUCUAGAACUACUUGGUUUACAGAGUUCUUGGUCGUAUCUUCAACACCAUUAUUAUUACGUUUUAGAUUAAACCCAGACUAUAUUUCCAUUGCAGUACUAAGAGACAUCGUAACAGUAGCUGGUAACGGAACAAGUCAAUAUUUAGCGUUUGGAGUUUCUACAAUUAAAUCAGAGGGGCCUACGAUUGUACCCGGUCUGGUAGCAUGUCCCAUUAGACAUCGUACCGGACCGGGUGAGGAUUGUGGUAUGAGGAAGCUUGUCGGCAACGAUCGAGUCGAUUAG